AUGUCUCGCUUGACGCAGUACCUCAAUCGCACCAGUAAGCUUGUGCGGGACAAUACUUCGCGCGUCCUGCUUAUGCAAGGCGCGGACGAACCCUCGAGAACACCUAAGACUCUAUUCACAUUCAACUCGAACGAGGAUAUCCAGCAAUUUGCGACCGGAUGUGACGCCGACGUCGGCGGCACCUCCACUGUUCAUUUUGGUCUCGAUGACUCCAGUGUCCUGCCCACAAAGAACGGAGAAACAACCGAGCAGAUCCGGCGCUCGGCAGGAAAGUUCUGGGGCGAGAUGCGUCUCGGGGUACGGGGCGGCCUUGAGGGCAAGAUUAGGGGUGGCUACGCUGGAUUCCGGAGUAAGGCACGCAAUCUUUACAUUGACUACUUGCAAUGGUUGCAGCCAAGAACAACGCUAUUUGGUGAGAUGACGGACGAUGUCUCGAUGCAUCGCUUCCUUGCACUGCGGCUCCGAGCAGCUGGCCAUCCCCGGACGCGCAACUCGUACUACGUGAAUAUCCAGACGGACGGGCCUAUCACCACCGAUUUGUGGCAGCACCGUCUCUACUUCCGACGCGACGACGGGGGUUGGGAAGAUAUAUUUGUGCGCGCGUAUAUGCUUUCUGAUUGA